CCAUUUUAAUCAGACAGAACGGAUUCUUUGCAAUAAGCAAUCAAAAAAAUAUAUAUCUAGAAAUGUUUAUUAACUUAAUGGAAAAGGUGGAUGGUUUUUAUUUAGCUGGUUUUAUGUAUCCAAAGUUUGAUUAAGGUGACUGUUCAGGUCUCGAGACGCUUUAAAGAUGACUUCCGCAUGAAAAUUCUGAAAAACGUAUUCAUUCUUACAUGUGCUUGAUAAUGAACGUGCCUUCUGGGUUUUCUGAAUCUUCAGCUGAAUUAAAUCUAUCUGCGAUGUCCAUCCAAAAUCAGGGUGCACACUCCAUGGAUGAAACAAAAUCAACCACAGAUGAAGAUUUUUAUCCAAGAUGCAGUUCAGUCCAGCAGGAGAGAUCAGAUUCACCAGAUUUCAGCUGUGUAUCUAUGAGUGCCCAAUCAAUUGAACAGCCAGUAAAUAUUAAGAGUGGAGACACACAACCUGAUCUCAUUUCAGUCCAGCAGGAGAGAUCAGAUUCACCAGAUUUCAGCUGUGUAUCUAUGAGUGCCCAAUCAAUUGAACAGCCAGUAAAUAUUAAGAGUGGAGACACACAACCUGAUCUCAUUUCAGUCCAGCAGGAGAGAUCAGAUUCACCAGAUUUCAGCUGUGGGUCUAUGAGUGUCCAGUCUAUUGAACAGCCAGUAAAUAUUAAGAAUGGAGACACCCAACCUGAUCUUAUGUCAAUCCAUCCACCCAGAUCAGACCUAACAGAACCUGUCUGCAAUAAGGAUGAUGAGUUUAUGAAUCAACUACAAAGCACAUAUUCUGAUUUCAGCUAUAAAUCUAAUUCUGCUGAAGUCCUUAAGGCACUGAAAUCAAAUCUGAGGAAGAAGUUUCAGUGUCUGUAUGAGGGAACAUCAAAGCAGGGAAACCCAACACUCCUGAAUGAGAUCUACACAGAUCUCUACAUCACAGAGGGUGAAAAUGGAGAGAUCAGUAAUGAACAUGAGAUGAGACAGAUUGAGACGCAAUUAAAGAGAGCAGCAACAGAGGACACACCGAUCAAAUGCAAUGACAUUUUAAGAGCUUUACCUGAACAGGACAAACCCAUCAGAACUGUGCUGACAAAGGGAGUCGCUGGUAUUGGAAAAACCGUCUCUUUGCAGAAGUUCAUCCUGGACUGGGCUGAAGGGAAAGAAAAUCAGGACAGCCACCUCAUAUUUCCACUUCCUUUCAGAGAGCUCAAUUUGAUACAAGACCAAAAAUGUAGCCUUUUAGAUCUUCUCCAGUGUUUUUUCACAGAAAUAAAAGAACUGGAUAUUUUCAGCAGUGAAUAUAAAGUGUCAUUUUUCUUUGAUGGUCUAGACGAGUGUCGCCUGCCUCUAAAUUUUCACUGCAAUGUGAGGUUAUGUGAUGUACGUGAAUCAGCCUCAGUGGACGUGCUGCUGACGAACCUCAUUGUGGGGAAUCUGCUUCCCUCUGCUCUCAUCUGGAUCACCUCCAGACCAGCAGCAGCUGGUCUCAUCCCUUCUGAGUGUGUCCAUCGAGUGACAGAAGUGCGAGGCUUCAGUGACCCACAGAAGGAGGAAUACUUCAGAAAGAGAAUCAGUGAUCAGAGUCUGGCUAACAGGAUCAUCUCACACCUGAAGUCAUCAAGAAGCCUCUACAUCAUGUGCCACAUCCCAGUCUUCUGCUGGAUCUCAGCCACUGUUCUAGAGAAGAUGUUGAGAGAAACAGAGAGAGGAGAGAUUCCCAAGACUCUCACUCAAAUGUACACACACUUCCUGAUCAUUCAGACCAACAUCAAACAUGAGAAGGACUAUGAGAAGACAGUGAAAGAUGACAUGAUUCUCAAACUGGGGAAAAUAGCUUUUCAGCAGCUUGUGAAAGGAAAUCUGAUAUUCUAUGAGCAAGAUUUGAGAGAGUGUGGUAUUGAUGUGACAGAAGCAUCAGUGUAUUCAGGAUUGUGCACUCAGAUCUUUAAAGAGGAGUUUGGGCUCUUCCAGGGGAAGGUGUACUGCUUUGUUCAUCUGAGCAUCCAGGAACAUCUAGCAGCUCUAUAUGUGCACCUCUCUUUCACAAACAACAACCUAAAUGUGUUUGAUGAUAUCCCCAAACAGAGACCACGAUUUAAAGUUCUGAACUUGAUUCAGAAUAAUCCUCCAAAACAUGUUUUAUCUGAGCUGCAUCAGAGAGCUGUGGAUGAGGCUCUGCAGAGUAAAAAUGGACAUCUGGACCUUUUCCUGCGUUUUCUUCUGGGUCUGUCAGUGGAAUCUAAUUAUGUUCUUCUACAAAGUCUAAUGAAGCAGACACUAAGCAGCUCUACCAGUAAUAACAAAACAGCCGAAUACAUCAAGAAGAAGAUCAGCACCAGUCACUCUCCAGAGAAAUCUAUCAAUCUUUUCCACUGUCUAAAUGAGCUGGGUGACCAUUCACUAGUGGAGAAAGUACAAGAUUAUGUGAAAUCUGGAACACUGAGUGACGCCAAAUUCUCUUCAUCUCAGUGGUCGGCUGUAGUUUUUUUGUUGUUGACGUCAGAGACAAAGUUGGAUGAGUUUUAUCUUAAGAAGUUUGUUGGAAGAAGAAGUAAAUCUGAAAAUGUGAAAGUUCUUCAGAAGCUGCUGCCUGUGGUAAAAGAAUCCAGAUCAGUUCAGUUGUGUGAUUGUGACAUCGCAGAUGAAGGUUGUGCUGCUCUGGCUUCAGCUCUGAGAUCAGACUCCUCACAACUGAGAGAACUAAACCUGUCUGAUAUUAAACUAGGAGAUUCAGGAGUAAAGCAGUUAUCUGCUGGACUGGAGAAUCUGCACUGUAAACUGGAAAUACUGUGGUUGAGGAAUUGCGGUGUCACGGAUAAAGGUUGCGCUGCUCUGGCUUCAGCUUUAAGUUUAAACCCAUCUCACCUGAGAAAACUGGACCUGUCUAUGAAUGAACUAGGCAAUUCAGGUGUGAACCUGCUGUCUGCUGGACUGGAGAAUCCUCAAUGUAAACUGCAAACACUGAUAUUGAGAGACUGUGGCAUCGCAAAACAAGGUUGUGAAUUUUUGGCUUCUGCUUUAAAAUCAAAUCCCUCACACCUAAGAGAUCUGUAUCUGUCUGAUAAUAAACUAGGAAACUCAGGAGUGGAGCAGCUAUCUGCUGCAUUGAAAAAUCCUCACUGUAAACUGCAGAAACUGAAGUUGACUAAUUGUGGUGUCAGAAAUAAAGGUUUAGCUGCUCUGACGUCAGCUCUGGCAUCAAACCCAUCACACCUGAGAAAUCUGAAUCUGUCUGAGAAUAAACUUCAAAAUUCAGGAGUGGAACUGCUCUCUGAUGUACUGGAGAAUCCUCACUGUAAACUGGAGAUACUGUGGUUGAGGAGGUGUAAUGUAACAGAUGCAGGUUGUGAUGAUCUGGCUUCAGCUCUGUUAUCAAACCCCUCACACUUAAGACAGCUAAAUCUGUCCUGGAAUAAACUAGGAAAUGCUGGAGUGAAGCUGCUCUCUGAUGUACUAAAAAAUCCUCAAUGUAAACUCGAGUCACUGAGGCUGAUUAAUUGUGGUGUCACAGAUGAAGGUUGUGUUGCUUUGGCUUCAGCUCUGGGAUCAAACACUUCACACCUGAGAGAACUGGAUCUGUCUGAUAAUAAACUAGGAGACUCAGUGAAGCUGCUUUCUGCUCUAAAGGAUGAUCCAUAUUAUAAAUUGGACAGACUAAACUGUUAUUGAUAAGCUGAUGGUGAAUAAAGAGCUGCUACAGAGACGUCACAGUAACAAUCAACAGAGAAUGAAAGCACAGUCAUCUCUUUGUGGGACUUUUCUUUUGGUUUACAUCAUCAGAUUUCCAUAUCUAAUACACUUCCUGAAAUAAGA